ACUUGUUGCACACGCAGUGUUUACCUUCCAUGCUGUCACUGCUCUCUCAUUAUAAUAAUAAUUAUUGUUGUUGUUGUUGUUGUUGUUGUUAUUGUUUCCUGUUUAUUGUUGUUUCAUGCACACACAGCACAGACUCGCAGGUCGUGCACAACUUGUGGAUGGGGGAGCUGCUGUGGAAACGUCAGCGCGGGUUUGUGUGGAGCGGCUGCAGCGUGACAUUGCAGAGCCUGUCUGUGUCUGCCCGUUCACGCCACCUGACAGAAGUGAGAGGGCGGGAGGAGGACGCAUCACGGAUCCACAGGUAUUCGUUCGACUGCAAAUUCUGAAUGAAAAAGCGGAUUUUUUGCCUGAAAUUUGAGCGUUUUGCAUGAAAAGUCUCGCGCUCUUUGUCUCCACACGUCUUCGCUGUGACUGCAUGCGUGCUGUUUCAAACGUGACAUCACGUCAAGGAAUACACGGCAGCCCCUGUGAUAACCUUGAGCCCGCGCAGGACACAACAGGUUCGUUACGCACGCAAACUCUCUCAGAAUCCCGCAUUUCUGCGGUGUUCCCGGAGCUCUGUGCCCCUCUCGCGUUCAGCAUGUGCGCGUGUUUGUUUCCCCCUCCGUGACUGAGCGUGCACACACACACGUCAGCUCGGGGAGGGCAAAGUCUGCUUAAAAUGCUGCGAGUGUGACGGCUGAAUCCAGAGCACAGCGCCGCGCGGACGGACAGGUGAGCGCGGGGGGCGCAGAAGGACACGCGGCGGCUCGGCGGAGGAUCAGAAAGCCCCGAGGAGCGCGCGGGGAUCAUGACGGUGGUGCCCGCGGAGAACCUGGACGAGACCGUAGCGCUGGCCGCGCUGUCGGCACAGGACGCGUGCGAGCCGGAGCGCGCGGACAGCCAGGACUGCUGCGAACGCGUGGUCAUCAACAUCUCCGGGCUGCGCUUCGAGACGCAGCUGAAGACGCUCGCGCAGUUUCCCGCCACGCUGCUGGGAGACCCGCGGAAGAGGAUGCGCUUCUUCGACCCGCUGAGGAACGAGUACUUCUUCGACCGGAACCGGCCCAGCUUCGACGCCAUCCUCUACUACUACCAGUCCGGGGGCCGGCUCCGGAGACCCGUCAACGUGCCGGUGGACAUCUUCAUGGAGGAGAUCAAGUUCUACGAGCUUGGAGAGGAGGUGAUCGAGAAUUUUAAGGAUGACGAGGGCUUCAUUAAGGAGGAGGAGCGCCCGCUGCCCGAGAACGAGUUUCAGCGGCAGGUCUGGCUCCUGUUCGAGUACCCAGAGAGCUCCGGACCCGCCAGGGGCAUCGCCAUCGUCUCGGUCCUGGUCAUUCUCAUCUCCAUCGUGAUCUUCUGCAUGGAGACGUUACCGGAGUUCCGCGAGGAGGCCAGGACGUUUGACGAGCACCUGGCAGCGAACGGAACAGUGCGCGCAAAGAAACCGAACCCUUUCACGGACCCGUUCUUCAUCGUAGAGACGCUUUGCAUCAUCUGGUUUUCAUUUGAGCUGCUGGUUAGAUUCCUCGCGUGCCCCAGCAAGGCCGCCUUCUUCAAGAACAUCAUGAACACCAUCGACAUCGUGGCCAUCAUGCCCUACUUCAUCACGCUGGGACUGGAGCUCGCGGAGCACCAAGGGAACGGCCAGCAGGCCAUGUCUCUGGCCAUCCUCAGGGUCAUCCGCCUGGUACGGGUUUUCCGCAUCUUCAAACUGUCCAGACACUCCAAAGGACUGCAGAUUCUCGGGAAGACGCUGCAGGCCAGCAUGCGCGAGCUCGGACUGCUUAUCUUCUUCCUCUUCAUCGGAGUCAUCCUCUUCUCCAGCGCUGUGUACUUCGCGGAGACCGACGACCCGCACUCGGGCUUCAGCAGCAUCCCGGACGCGUUCUGGUGGGCUGUGGUCUCCAUGACGACAGUGGGCUACGGGGACAUGUGCCCGGUCACCAUUGGGGGGAAGAUCGUGGGCUCUUUGUGCGCUAUCGCCGGCGUGCUGACCAUCGCGCUGCCGGUCCCCGUCAUCGUGUCCAACUUCAACUACUUCUACCACCGGGAGACGGAGCAUGAGGAGCAGUUCCAGUACACGCACGUGACCUGCGGACAGCAACAGCCGGCUUUCGGAGAAUUCAGGAAGAGCGACAGCAGGUCGAGCCUGUCCAAGUCCGAGUUUCUGGGCAGCGAGGACGCGGACUCCAUUAAAUACACCAACUGCAGCCCGCACAAAGCCCACAGCGGCAAACUCACCGACGUCUGAGCCGCAGCAUCACGCGCUCUGCUGUGACUGCACACCGGAGAGCUCCUUUUUUCUGCCAUCCAAGACUCACGGAGAGGACCCACGUUUACCCCCGAAACCGUCUUCCAUCACGCGCGCCACGAGCGGACAAACAUAAGCUUAGAAGUGAUGAAAGAGCCAGUGGCAGCACUUUAUCCAGACAUUUGAUUAUUAACGUUUAUGUAGUGGAGCUGGUGACACACACACACACACACACACACACACACACACACACACACACACACACACACACACACACACACACACACACACACACACACACACCUGUUAAAGCUCGGGGUGGAUCAGAUGAUGCUUGUUGGAAAAAGCCGUUAAUCUAAAUGUAAAGUCUGUCCCUGACACCAUGUUUGAUCAGAAUGUUCGUUAUUACUAAAACAAACAAACAACAACAAACAGAAACAAACAAUCAGGCUUCUGUGGGGAAAACUCCGAGCACGUGCUCCUUGUUAUUGCCACGCAGACUGUGUGAGCGUUAUGAAAUCAACCUCAGUUUCUCCAAUCCAACAGCACCGCUGUGUGGACGAGCUGAGGCCCUGCGUGUCUCUCUGUGGAUGCAGUUUCUAUAGCAACCUUCCAGACUUUUCUGUAUUGUCUGCCACAGGAAUGAAAACACGCGGGCUGAGACCGCAUAGGCCACAAAACCACCAUGUUGUGGAAAAGCCUCCAUGUUGUCUGAAUCCACCGCUGAACAUUACCUGCACCCCACACAAAGUCAUGGUUCACCUGCCAUCAACACACACACACACACACACACACACACACACACACACACACACACACACACACACACACACACACACACACACACACAGUGAUUCCGUUAUGUUAGGCUUUAAAAUGCUCACAAACUCCCCCAGCUUCACAUGAAGACGUUAAACUCUGUAUUUUAGUUUAAAAAAAAUCUAAGAAUCUGAGAAGAGCCUCAAAUCCUCGCCUUUAGCAGCUUAUUAGAAUAAUAUUAGCAAUAUUUUUGAUGUUUUAGAGCUCAACCAAUACUGAUAAAUAUAUAUAAUAUACAUAAAACUAUUUAAGAAACAGUGACAGUAUAUCUGCUAACAAUAUUUUUGUGCUUUGGACAGCAGAAGAAAAAACACUUUACAUUUGAAGCAAACAUGAAAAUACAGAGUGCGAUUAUUGUGUGGAAGCACCGUGCGGCCAAAAUUCUUUUAGUUUCAAAUCUAAUUUUACAUUUCAGUUUUUCAUAAGUUGCUUGUAACAUAAAAAGCUUAAACUGUGAAACCAUCAGAAUUAUUUUAAAACAUGACAAAUGAAAUCCACACAGAAAGAAAACUAAAAUUUAAUCGAGUGAAAUUCUCAUAAAUAUAAAACUCAAAGUCAGAAAACAAACAAAAAUUUAAAAGUCAAAUAUUCGAGUUGAAGUUUUACUCACUUUUGUCACUUGAUCAACUGUUAUUACAUAUUGGCUGCAUAUGGCAGCGCGAAAAGGACAAAAUUAAUGUCAAAUUUCACAUCACAACUCAUUGUUCAGAUGAUAAGGUUGAAAUAUCUGGCAAACUCUCUGAUUUUAUGUGAUUUCUGUUCCCCACUCUAAAUAUAAAUUAAAAAAUAUUUUCAAAAGGAAAAAUUUUUAAGCACUUUCAAAUUAAUAUCGAAGACUUGUUGAUUAAAAAACAUAUACAUACAUAUAUAUAAACAUAAGCAACUUAAUAUAUAUUAACAUAUAUAUUAAGUUGCUUAAUUUCAACACAUAAAAUUAAAGCCAAAUGAAAACAAAAAAUUAACUUGCAUGAAUGUAAAACAGCGAUUAAUACAUUUUUAUUACAUUUUAGCACUUUAAUGGAAAUAAUGUGACCCCAGAAAAAACUGAAGCACAAAGAGUCACAAUUUCAUGGCUAUUUCUUAAAAUUUAUUAAAAAAUUAUCAAAACUUGUGUUUCCAGUAAGGAAACUAAAAUUAAAGGGGAAUUUAAACCACAUACACUGAGAAGCUUUUCAAAAUAAAGUAUUUAGAUGCAGCAAGAUUGUAACGCCAGCUUCACAUAUGCAAUUUAAAUUAUUUUGGCACCUUUUUUCUUCCAUACCCUGUGAUAACGGUAUUAGGCUGAUAGCCAAUAUGCUUACUGAGCAGACAUGUGUCACAGGUAAUUAUUAAAGUCCGUGUUGGAGCCUGUGGGGUCCCAGUCGGAGAUCAAGGACUCUCUGGAUGUAAAAACAGCUCACCUGUACUCACCUGGACUCCAGGAUGGACCAUAAAAUGGACCUGGAAACAAAAAAAGGAGUUUUUAAAUGACCUGAUGGAAUAAAACAGAAAAGAAAAAAAAAUAUCCCAGGAGAUGUUUUCACUGUGAACGUCUAAUGGAUUAUUAUCUGAGUGAAGGAUGGAUUCAUGGACGGAUGGACGAUCAGACUCCAAACAAAGGGGAAGAACGAUGAGCCUCGUCCAGCUGACAGAGUCCGACAACUGCUGCCAUCACCGCUCUUCUCCAUCCUCUGAUGAAAGUGAAAUAAAACAAAUUGUGGAUGAGACGCCCUCCCAUCACAGGAGGACGACCUGAUUUUUUUUUUUCAAAGAGCAAAGCUAAAGACUCUGAGGUACGAGGCAAAUGUUACUUGAAUCCUGCUUCAUAUAUUUGCUUCUUGUCCUCUGGCUGAUGGAGGCCUCCAUAUAAUCACGAGUAGAUGCUCUGUGGGGAGAUGCUCCUCCUGCUGUAGAGAAAAAGACCAUUUACGUCCUUUCUGUGCGUUGCAUAUCAUAUUCAAACCAAAACAUAUUAUUGCAUGCUUGGAAAGUAGAGCAUGUGAAGAGAAGAGAACGCGUCCGACUGAACCCAGCACUCUGACAAACGGGAACAACAACAUCAGCCGCUCAUUGAUAUUCUGAAAUGAUUCUGUUCUAAUGAUGAACUUAGUUGCUAAAUCUCUAUUUUUUAAAGUAUCAUACUGUAUAUGUUUUAUAUGGAGAGGAUUUGGUUCACUUGGUGAAUUAUUUUGUAGAUUUUUAACAUUUUUGCUAAUGUGUUUGGAUUUUCUUUAGUUCGUUUUUUUUGCCUUGGUACAAACAAAGCAGCUCUAGCUCCAGGGGGCAGCUCCGGUGAAGACGUCUGCUCCCUUUGAGAGGAAUGUUUGUGCAGGAAACGAGGGUUCCAAAAAGAGACAGCUUAAUGCAUUUAUCACUGAAUGUUUCUGUGUGUGGGUUCCUGAUCAGAAUGCUGUAUAUCUGUUAUGCCGAGAACAUCUACCUCAGUGUCUGCUCAUUACCAACAGAAGCUUUAACACCCGUGUCCCUGCAUCAGCUCUCAUUAGGCAUCUAAUUACUUGGUGCAACUAAACCCAAACGCUCUCCAAACUGCCAUUUAAAAUCUUGGAGGGAAAAAAGCAACACAUUAAAUAGUGUGAAAUAUGGAAUAUCUGUAUGAAGCCGAUCCUGACCUUGGAUUUAAAUAUCAGAAUUAUGCAGUCUGCGUAAAACAGCUUAGAGCCUUGUUUUUGCACAUUUUGUUAAUUUAUUUGUGAAGUUGGAUGUGCUCGUGAGCGUAUGUGACUGCUUCUGGAUGUAUUUAAAGGGCAAUAAAUGAACUGCAGGGUGGAACCAGUCUGGAACCAGAAAGGAGUCCAGUCCAGCAGGUUUUAUGGGUACAGACCUGAGGCUGCAGGGUUUAAACUGGACUCUAGUUUUCCUCAGAAUCAGAUGCGAACAUCAGCGUCUCAGUUUUGGGUAAAAACAGCAGAGAAAUGAAUCUCAGUUUCCAUCUGAAGCUGUUUUUAGUGGCUGUUGAGCUCAUUUGCUUCAGGGUGCUGAUGUCUUCUUUGCUUAAUCAAAGGAAUUCCAAAGAAGCUGCUCAGCUGAAGGAAUGGGCCAUGUUCAGAUGUCACUGAGUGAGCUAAACUGUGACUUUCUUAACUGCCUAUAUGCGAAUUUCUGCGUAUUGUUGCAUGACGAUGAUUUAUUCUGCUCAUUUCCAGGUCUUUGUUUUUUAUCAUAUGACUCCCCUGCAGCAGCUUUGCAUGAUCCACAGUUCAGAAUAAUCCUUCUGUGUCUCACACUGGGCCCCACAGUUCAUCCUGUCUGGAACAAGCUGAUUUAGCCCCUGUCUCUUUAAGACUUCCUCCCUAAUUGUUCACUUCUGAUUGGCCAAACUGAGGGGCAGCACGUGUGCUCUUUAAAGUUUUUUUUUUUUUUUUGCCCAAAUCAUUAAAUUUAUUCAUGUUUAUGGUGGUCCAGAUGUCCAUGUUCUGUCUUGUGUCUGUGACUAGGUUCUCUUUAAAUCAUUCUGUUUGGAUGGUUUGCACCGCCGUCACUUUCUGGUCUUACAGCUGCUUCAUGUGAAGCAAAAAUCCUCCACCCAGUGCUCAUCGCUGGAGAAGGAGCAGCUGCAAAGGCUGAAGUUUUUGAAGGGUGUGUCUACUCUGUGGGCUUGUCAGGUACAAGUUCUGACUCCACAGGUGUGUCACAGCUGAUCAUUUACAACUCAGCUUUUUGACUUUGGCUCAUUUCUCUCUGUUUUCUGGCUCUGCGGAAGAUGUGAGGUCAUAAUGUUUUCUGACAUAUUGGACUUUUGCUGGUCAUGCAGCUGCGUCCACUCUGCAGUUUUGUCUCGUUGUAAUUCUGCUUUGCUUAACAUAAAAACAGCCGAGGGAGGUUUGUGUGUGACGGAGGCACUGAUGAGCAGGGACUGGGCAUUAGUUAUGAUGAUUAAUGUGUUCUGCAUACUCUGCGUGCAAUAAUAACAGAGUGAAUGCAGCCACGACUGAAGAGAAGUCAGUCUGGUCCAAGCGCCACAUGUUUAACCAUCAUUGAGAUUCACCACAUCGUCCGUUGUGUUCAUACUUCAUCUUCAGGUUUCAGUUCAGGCUCGUCACCGAAGCUUUUGUCAUGCAACAAGAAAAAAAAGCAAUAGUGAUUUCUCUGUUCUCGGAACUUCAGCGUGGAAGUGUUCUGAUUUCUGUUUCUCUGCUUUUGUUUCUUUCCACGUAUCGAUGCCAUUUCUUUUUUUGACAAACUUUAAUUGUGAUCUAUUUUUGAUAAAAUAAAUCUUUAAUUCUGAUCGAUCUCCAUGUGUUUCCCAUGAAUGCACAUGCAGAUGUGUCACUUUCUGUUGAGUGUGAGUGUGUUUGUGUGCCAUCAACAUCAGCAGAGGUGCUGGGGUUGGAUUUAAGGUUUGUUCAGGUCAUUGUUUGAUUUACCUUCCUCAUGCUGUGGCUCCUCAUGGUCUCCUGAAGCAGCUGAUGAUGAAAGCAUUAGUGAAAGGAAAUAAAAAUUCUAGAAGGAAACUGAUUUGUAAAAACUGAAAACCUGAUAGAGUCUUUUCUUGUUCUUAUCUCCUACAGAAGUUCAGAGAAAUGCCACUCAGUGUUCCUGUUGUAAAGCAUGAUAACUAAAAUCUUAAGAUCAUUUUAUGGACUUUAUUUUUAAUUAAACGCACCAUCUCCUUCACAUGAACCUGCAACACCAAAUGCAUUAAAACAAGCGCUAAUUUAAAUAUUUUAGCAAACGUCGGAUUUGUUGAAUUGUCUUUCAGUCAGUUAAAAAGAUUAAAGUUGAUUUAAGUUUCAUCCAACCUGCAGUAUUUCUGUUAACGUAGCAUAGACAUAUAAGGUAGACGUGGGUAUUUGCUCAUACAUAUUCAGCACUAUAGCCCCAGUAAAGAUGCCUCCUCCAGCUUUGUGUCAACUAAAAUAACUCAUGUUCAGAUCUGUUCUGCUGAAGGUUGCAGGUCCACAGCAAAAACUAUCAUUAAAUAAUGAUCCGCUGGACCUUUUUCAUUGAUGUCGAGUCAAAUUGAAAGUUGCGCUGUUGCUGGAGGCGCACGUUUUUCCUGGACUUCCAGUUAGACAUCUUAGUAAGAGAAAUUCUGUGUUUUGUUUUACUGAUAAGAGCAAAUUGAAAGUAUCAAGAACAGCUGGCACGGCAGUGUUGUGGUUAAUUCAGCGACAAAGUCCAGCGUUCAGACCCACUGGCUGUGUGGAGAACUCUCUGGUUCCUCCAAAGACAUGCAUGGGUUAGAUAUAUGGAGUAACCAGAACCAUUUAACCAAAUUACUUAAUUUUGGAUUAAAGAAGACUUACAUGUUUGUUUGUUUUUAUUUGAUUGCAAUAAUCUGAUCCAUAUUUGUUGAUUUGUCUGAACCUGCAUCAUCUCGUCUGUCUGUGGUUCAGUUUUUGGUGUCCCACUCUGUCCAGUCUCACCCCGGAACAUGACGCUUGCUGGGUAUCUCACACUUCCUGCUGUCUCCACAGCAGAGGUCAGAGCUGCAGAGUUACGCCUCUGUCACAUAACAGUCACAUAAAUGGGAAAUUCAGCAGAUUGAAGUUGGUCUUUAGAGUGAGAGUGCACUUCUUACCCCUAACAUCCACCCCGGCUGGCUGGUUCAACCCAUUCUUUAUUCACUCAACAUAAACAGCUUCCUCCGAUCCAGCUGCACGGUUAUACUGCAUUCAGUUUAAUCUUUAAAAAUAAUUAAGGCAAAACUUUGCUUUGAGUUAAGAAAUCUUAUCACCUUCUUCACUCUUCCCAACAAUCGUUUUGUCAAAUCAGCUCCAAACAUGUCCUGCAAAUCGUUCGAGGACUCCAGUAAAAGCUGUAUCCUUUUAAAAUAGUUCAGAUCAUUGCUGCCAGCCUGAGCAAGUCAUGAUUUACAUGUAGGACCCUUUCUUAUCCAGAGCCCUCCACCCUCAUCAUAUCACCUCCUUUCACCUCAUUAAAAGUAUCCUGGAAGGAGACAUCAGUGCUGGAAGGGCAUGUGCCACUUCUGAAACCAAACCACAGCUUUUACCUUUAUUUUUUAAACACAGCUGUUAUAAAUCAUAAAGAAUAUGAACAUGUGACCAGUGCAGAGCUGGUGGAAACAUUAGAUGUUGCUGUUAAGAGCACCACAAGCAGGAAAACCAGCAUAAACAUGCAGUUAUUCAUUACUGAGCAAUAAUGCAUGAAAAGCACUACAUCAUCAGCGGGCUGUUCAUAUCUGUGCAUAAAAAUGUUCACAGUGCCUUAAAUCGUUUUUGUUAAAAACCCUGUCAAAUGCAUCUGAGGUACCACAGAAGAAGAAAGUGUGUGUUUAUUAGAGACGGUGGAGGAUGUUGAAAUAAUGUAAUGUACAGUAAUGUAUUGAAUGUACAGUAAGCAGUCUUCCUGGUUUAAAGUGAUGAAGAAGAGAGAAUAAUAUUGUGCAGAAGCUCAGAGAGCUUCUGCUGUUCAGUGCUCUCAUGUUUUAGCUGAUUUUUAUUAUUUUUGCACAUCUGUCUUAAAAACAUGUUUUAGAGUACACAGUGUAAUUUAGAGGAAAUAUAAAGUCUUAGUAAAGUAUUCUUUGCAUUAAAGGCAGGCUAAUGUGAGCGUAUUCUAACACCGUUACAGCCUCCCAGCUGCCUCUCCCUGAGCUUCUGCAGUGCUGCUUCUUGUUGUAUGAUACAGAUGUUUUCCUGUUCCCGUGAUAGUGAUGCCGUUCACAUGCGUGUUCAGUUUGCUGCAUUACUCUGUCAACAAUCCUGUGGUAUUACAAAGUAAUGCCUUCACUGGUAUCGCUGUCUGUCUCAGCCUGUUUGUUAAGUUAUGACCAAAGUUAUUCCAUCAUCUUAAAUGACUGUAGUUCCACUGUCGUUAGCAUUAGAAUAAAACAAAUAUUGAAACAAAACAAAAUGAAAUGCGAACACACACAAAAAGUAAAUGUUAAUGAAGUGAGGCUGAAAAAAGCCUGGUUUCAUUCUUAGCUUUAGAUUACAGAAUCUCAGCACAUUUGGUUACACAGCACACAGCAGCCACAGCCUUUAAGAAUGACACACGGUUAUUCCACCUCAGUUCAUCAAACUUAACAAAAACCCUUAAAGAAAUACUCUUUUUAAGAAGCUUUGCUUUUCUACCAUCACUUUUGAACUUAGUGAUGUAGAAGCUGGUGGAGCUCACCAAUCCAAAUAUGUAAUAACUAAAAUAUUCUGUGAAUUAAAUCCCAUGAAGUUUAAUAGAAUGAAGUUUAUGUUCAUGUGUCCUGAAAUUCAGGAUGUUACUUUGAAAUAUUAUUUAUGAAUUCUGUUAUUAAUUCCAAUAAGAAGUAUUUCACUGGAAUCUGAGAUGGUCAGAUUUUGUAUUUUUAUUCUUUGUGUUUAAAUAGGAUAAGCUAAUGUGGAAUGACUGCGACACUUAAUCCAACUCACACUCAUUAAGUUCUGCUGUUUAAGGCUGUGACAUGAUUAGUUACAUAUCAGUAAUAAAAAUCAGACAGUGUCAGCAGUGUGGAUUUAAUGCUUUUAUUUAUUUUUUAAUUUUUUUUUUCACAAGGCUGUGAGACUUAGAAAAAAGGAGAUCCCAGCUGUGCAGCACCUGCAGUGUGUCCGUGUGCUCGGUCGUGUUUUCGCUCACUGAGCUGUGUGUUUGUGUCGAGCUGUUUUCCUGCUUCUGUCCUGCUGAUACAACGGGAAAAAAAUACUCGUCUGCAAAACCUCAACUUGUGUCCUGAGUGUAAAAAAAAUCUCAAAUAACAGAUUUUAUUUUUGGUAACUUGGGUAUUUGUGUGUGUGUGUGUCACUGUAUGAAAGUCCAACAACAGAAAAAAAGAGAUAUGUAAUAUAUGUCCGGCUUGAGAUCGUACAUACUGUAUAUGCACAACAGAGUCAUUCUGAAUACUAGUUGUGACUAAGUUUAAUGUGGCCUUUUCUUUCUCUGUAUGUAUUGCAAUGUUGUAAAUGAUUUGUAUAUUAUAACAUAAUGUUUAUUAAAGUUAAUGAGGCUUUA